AUGGGUGUUGAGGAGGGCAUCCUUGCAUACACCGAAAGGAUGAAAUCGGUAUUCCGCGACAAAAUUCGCAAUAUUCCAAUUGACUGCAAGAAAUUCAAAAAGGCUAUUGAGAUUGUCAUCAAUCGUACUGGGUUGUGCCCAACCGACCUGAUAAACGAUGGAAAGCCCCGUCGGUCUAAAAUCUUUGUCUGCACAACCUCCGAAGAUACCUUUCGAGUCGCACGUCUUCGAACCUAUUCUGUUCCAAAUGAGACUGCGUUGCCGGUGACGAUUUGUGAAGCAGCAUUCGCAACAUCCGCUGCUACCAGGUCCUUUGAUUCGGUUUUGAUCGACAGCCACCAAUUUGUGGACGGUGCAUUCGGUGCCAACAACCCAAUCGAGGAAGUAGAAGAAGACGAAGCGACCGACAGAUGGUGCGCUACGAGCCGAGAAUCUAAAACCAUUAAUGAAAUGUUUGGUGUCUGUUGGAACUGGCGAGCCUGCACAAUCCCCCAUAAAUGA